GUUGCAGCACAAGUUUCCAGGCGGAGCAUGUUAUGCUGGUACACCCCCAUGUCAUUUGUUGAUGGUGACCUUCUUCAUUCUGUAGAGUUCUGUUAUUAUGUUCUUACACUUGUGAAUAUAUUUACUACAAAGCCGUGUCCAGUGUUGCAAAUGUUAUGGUCAUGGCUUUAAAUACAAUUGGUCAGCCUUGCAUGAGUAUAUUUAGGUGUCUUCAGGCUGUAGUCACCCACAGGUGCUUGCAAGCCACAUCCACAUUUCACACCACAGUCUUUCAGUCAAACUCAAACAGAACGUGUGUGGUCCGCUUUGGGAGGCAGAAGUAUGAGAGUAUGUAUCCGGUUCUGUUGGUGAGACCUGACGGGUCCACCAUCAACAUCAGAUAUAAAGAGCCCAGAAGAAUAAUGAAGAUGCCUAUGGACAUCACCACCCUCUCGGAGGAGGAGAGGAAAAUCAGAAUGCGGAAAAGAGAACCGAAGAGGACAGCAAAACAGAAAUUGAAUGAUUUUGAGGAUGAUUUCAAAGUUGAUGAUUACAGCAAAUUCUGGAAGAAGAAAUGAAUGGACUGAUGCAGUUGAAUGCCUCAUUCAGACUAUUUACGUAUGUUUUCUCGUGUACAAUAUUGCAAUUUUGUUUUGUAUGUCA